AUGCCCAUUUUUGGUGAAAAACCAUAUACCUCCAUUUCGGUCAAAAUCAAUCAGUUGGCCCUGAACAAAAACGACGACAUUGAUGACUCCAUCGAGCUCUACCUCUCGGACUUGCUCGAAUUGAUUAAGCUACAGCCCAAUUCUGGUGCCGUGGAGGCUGCUCGUGCCGUCAGAAAAAAGAUCAAGUAUGGCGAUACUGUUCAGGAGCAAUUGCGGGCUCUUUCCAUCUUGGAGUUGUUAGUAUUGAACGGAGGGAAAAAUGUCGGUCCCACCUUGGCUCGAGACGACAAGUUGAUUGAUGUGUUGAAAGGCAUUUUGUCCGGUAACGGCAAGACUGGAACUGGUCUUAGUUACGAUAAGGAGAUUUUCGACCAAGUCCGGGCUUUGGCUAUCGGCUGGAAGCUGGAAUUGGCUGAAUUGGAUGGCUACAAGUAUUUGGCUCUGCUCUGGCAGUUUUACUCUGGUAGUUCGAGAAAUAGAGCCCAUUCUCGUCCACAGUCUCCACCUCUUUCGUCGUCGCCUAGAACUCCCAGAUCGCCUCCUCCUAGGCCCAGAGUUGCUUCUCCUUAUUCUGAAUCAAAUUCCAAAAAAGAUAAGAAAGACAAGAAGGACAAGAAGAAAAAGAAGAGGAAGGGUAUCGUCUAUGCUGACGAGCAAUUUGAGAUUCCUCAGAUCAACUACAAGAUCGAGGCUCCAAGGAUUAGAACGCUUAUUGCCGAUUGCUACACUCACACCACUGCAUUGAGCAAUUCGUUGUUGACUCUUCCAGCAGACAUCUCUCCACACGAUGAUGAUAAAGCAAUGAAGGAGUUUGACAAAUGUAGAUCUAUCCGCAGAAAAGUGUUACGAUACUUGCAGUAUGUAGGUGCUGGUGACGAUGGCAACAAGUCGAAGGAAGUUUUGGCAUUGGAUGAAGAGUUCUUAGGCAGUUUGAUUAACUCCAACGAGCAGUUGGUUGAAGUUUUUAAGAAGUUCGACUUGAAGUGUGGGUAUUCGGCUGCAAAUCCAGCACCCAACUACGACCAAAGAGAUAUAGAUAAUGGAGUUUCAGAAUCUAGUGACGAAAGCUACUACUCUAGUGAAUCAGAGAGUGAGCCUGAAGAAGAGCUGAUUUCUGGGAGAUUGCAAAAGGCUACGAUAGAAGGCCCUUCCUCUAGAGCCAAAUCGCCACCUCCACCACGCCCAGUUAAACCUUCAGCGUUGCAAAGACCACACUCCAAGCCUAAACAAUUGGCCAAAACUGAGUCUACCGAUACUCUUGAAGCAGAUCCUUUUGGAGAUACACAUGCUGUUACAAGAUCUGUAUACGAUUAG